UUGUUUUCUUUGGGCAAGGUGCUGAACUUCUUCCCAGUGGGAGGCGAGCGUGAAUGCAAGCCGUCUACAUUCACCAUCGCUGGAGCAGGCAUUUGUCUCAAUCCUUACGACUGUCGCCAGCGGGAUGGCAAGGCCUCUGGAGACUGUGCUCAUGGACUCGGAGUCUGCUGUGUUUUCGAGGUGUCAUGUGGGGCCACCGUACAGAACAACCUGACCUACUUCAUGUCACCACGUUUCCCAGAACUAUGGUCUGGUGAAGAGAAUUGCACCAUACACAUUGAGAAAACCCACGCCGGCAUCAUGCAACUCAGAAUUGACUUCGUUCACUUCACAAUAGGUCAACCCAAUAGAACUACGGGGGCGUGUGACGAGGACGUCAUGAUACUAGGAGAGGGAGACUCCAACUUUACAUUAUGCGGACAGAACCACGGACAGCACGUAUACUACAAUCUUCCUAGUACGGAGGAGUCUCGUGAGGUCGGCGACCUCCCCAGCAUCAAGUCCACUCCUCUCGUUAUUCGUAUGCGCGGCUCUGACAUGCCCAGGAUAUGGCUGAUGAGGUUGGCUCAGAUGCCACUUGCUCACUCCAGUCCUCACAACUGUUUGCAGUAUCACAUAGAAAAUAAUGGCACUAUAAAGACAUUCAACUUCGCGUCCAACGGUCGUCACCUCGCCUCACAGGAGUAUCGCGCGUGUGUGAGGAGGAACCUUGGUUUUUGUUCUGUUCGUUACACACCCUGUGACUCUCGCUCCUUCAGGAUAGGACCGGACCCGAACCCUGGCUCCUCGAAUACUGGCUCGGACCCCGCCGUUGGUUCAACUGAACCCAUGAUGCCAGUUGAUGACUCUGAAGAAGAAGAAGGUUCUGGAGCCGAACCUCAAAUUAUUGACUCGACCAAUACAAGGCCGGGUAUCGUGAGCCGGAUCUGGGGUUAUAUCUGGGGCUCCUCGCAGCGAUCCUGGCGCUGGUCUCCGUACCUCCAGCAUCAAGACGUGCUUCAUUACUACGGGUAUGGACCAGUAGGAUUUGGAAGAAGACGAUGUACAGACAGGAUCACUAUACCCUGUGAGAAUGAAUACUUUCUGCCGUCACCGUCGUGGUCAAUGGGUGUGUGUGACCCUCAUAGGUGUGGGUCCUCACUGUGCGCGGGUCAGUCCGGCUCUGGCUGUUCGGUUGAGUCCUCAGUGACACCGUUCGCGGUCUCCGUACACUUCGGUCCGCCGACCCCCAAACAGAACCCGGAUCUCAAUUUGGGAGCCUGCCUGAGAUACCAGCAGUUGCCUUGUGAAUCUUGA